CACCAUGAUCGCAUAGCCGAUGAUUUAUUGUUUAUGACCCCCCUCCCCUUCCCCCCAACACUCGCACGCACGUAGAACGUGAUUCAUUGGUUUAAGGCUAGUUCGGAUUGUUCAGUAGGUUCUAUCGAUGUUGCGGGCUGCGGUAUUCCUCUCCGACCUUCCUUUCCUUACGCCAUCAAUGCUUGCUGUUGCCAAUCAUCAAGUUGUAUGCCACCACAAGACAAGCCCUUUAUCGCGUUUUAUGAACCGACGAAUGCAUCACUAUUGGGGUUUCCCUGCCAGCGCUGCUACCAAAUACCGCGCCUCGUUAAAUCAAGGAAAUCGUUGCAUGACGGGUACUUGUGAUUACUUUUCAAAGCAUUUUGUUGAUUCUCUGCACAAGGACGACGCUGAUUGCAUUUUGCUAUUCGUUUUUGGUAGAUUGAACCCCUGAAUGUCAUGAGCAAGCCAGGUACAGUGUUGCUCUAUCAUACAUAGAACCGUAAGGAUGCGAUAAGCCCAGGACUUGAAGCUAAGGCUGCCA